CGAUUUAUUGUAUCCCAAAAAGAUCUAGCUGCGGUUCAUGCAUCAGUGCAGCAAUUUGUCAGCGUAAAUAAAUACUCGCGUAACAAAUAUUGGGUCGUUAGAUUAAACGCCUCACCCUUUUGUCUUUUCCCAUCGCUUCGCUUUACAUUAUGGCAUGUUCAAAAGUAUUUUCAGGGGAUUUACCUGAAUUAUUAAAUGGAAUCAUUCAAUUUUUUAAAAAUGACUAUAAAACUUUAAGAUCAUGUAUUUUAGUUAAUAGAUUAUUGUGUCGUUUAACAAUUCCAUUAUUGUGGGAAAAUCCAUUUUCAGUUAUAGAUAAUUUUGAUCUUGGUAGAAAAAAAUAUCAAUUUAUUGAAAUUUAUUUACAUGAAUUAAAUGAUGAUGAUAAAAUAAAAUUAAAAGAAUAUGGAAUUAAUUGUGAUUUAUUUCCUUCAAAUACAUUAUUUAAUUAUCCUAGUUUUAUUAAAUAUUUUUCUACUGAAGUAUCAAGUAUCUCUAUUGAUGAAUGGAUUGAAAAUAAUAAAACUUUACCAAUUAUAGAAAACCUUACCUUACAAAUUGAAUCAUCACGUGAACUUAUAGGAUUUAUAUUCUUGAAAUUAAUUAAAAUAUUUAUUAAAAAUGAAGUUAAAUUACAUACUUUUAACCUUGAAAUUUCAAAUACUUUAAAUUUUAUAGGAAUUAAAAAUUUUAAUAAUACUUUUGAAAUAAUUUUAAAAAAUCCAAAUUUCAUUUAUAAUAUCAAAAUUUUAAAAUUUCAUUUAAAUAUAAUUAUUUCAAAUUUAACAUGUUUUAAAUGUUUUUAUAUUAAUUGUGAUUUAAUUUCAUCAUUUUAUAUAUUCAAUCCUUUAAAUCAAAAUAUUUCUUCAUAUGAUAAAAAUUUUUCACAAAUUAUUAAUUCUCAACAUAAUCUUAAAAAAAUUUUAUUUCAAGAUGAAUAUUUUUUAAAUAAUUUAAAAAAUUCAAAUUGUUCAAAUACUUUAAAAGUUAUUAUACUUUAUGAAAUAGAUUUUAAAAAUAUUGUUAUAUUUAAGGAAGUAUUUGAAAAUUUAAAUGUUUUGGAAUCUAUUCAUUUUCUUUAUUGUUCAUCUUUAAAUUCUGGUAUUAUACAACAAAUUAUUAAUUUAACAAAACCAUUUAAAUUAAAAUCUUUAUUUUUAAAUGAACAACCUGAUAUAUUAGAAAUUGUAUUAUUACAAUCUUUAUUAAGAAAAACUGGUGAUUAUAUAGAAAAUAUUGGUUUUAAACAUUUAAUAAGUAACAAAUUAAGACAACAAUUCUUUGAAUUAACAAAAAAUUAUUGUAAAAAUAUUAAAUUUUUUGAUUUACUUGGUUUUGAUAAUCAAAAUAUUUAUUUGGCAUUUGAUUCAAUUAAAAAUAUUAGACAUAAUCUUAAUUAUCUUACUAUUAAUUUAUAUAAAUUUUAUCAAUUUGAUUGGGAAUUUACUCUUAGUUCUGUUAUAUUAUUUAAUUUAGGACAAAUUCUUCCUUAUAAAUUAGAAUAUUUAAGUUUAUCUCUUGAUGAUAUUAAUAUUUUUGAUUUGGAAGUAUUUUUUAAAAAAUCUGAAAAUACUUUUAUUAACAAAUUACUCAUAUAUAAUAGAUUACAUUUAGAUAGUGAUGAUAUUUUACCUUGUAUAAAGAAUUAUAUUAUGAAAGAGAAAAAAGUAAGAUAUUUUGCUAUGAAAAGUCUUUACCCUGAUGGAAAAUCAAAAGAUUUAUUUUCUUUAAAAGAUGAAGUGAAGGAAUUUGAAUUUUAUAAUAUUAUUAUUCAAAAUUAUGAUAGUUUAAAUAUUCGAGCUCGUAAUUUUAUAAUGUAA